UGGGGAUAUCCGACGCGUGGUAACGCCACAGGGCCCAAGGAACCAAGCCACCGACGCCGAUCGCCGCUAGCCGCUACCACCUUAGCUUCUUUCUAUUUUGGCGCACCAGUUGUGGCGCAUGCCAUCCCAUCCCAACUUCCUCUCAUUCAUUCACCCACGGCGACGAAACACCAACAGCGAACAUGAGCCCGCAAUGGGGAUAUACAAACGGGAGCAGGACCCAUCUCGCAGCCUACUAGCCGCUGGACCACCUUGCAAACGUACGUCUGCGACGACGACUCGGGAACCCUUUCUUCCGCGCUGCUGGUCUGCCCUCAACUGUAGCCGCACCGCAUGCCAUGGAUCGUGUGCACCCACACCUCGCGCAUGCGCCGGCCCCAAAAUCCCCUCUCGUUCCCACGACCAAGAGCUCCACUUUCUGCAGUGCUCCGGGAGCCGUCAUCCCUUCUUUACCUCCGGCCGCGCCCGUUCUGUCUGCCCAUCAUUAUUCCCUGUUCCGCUGUACAUCACUGCGGACUCUUCAAACGGAUGCUUCCUCUCCUCUUAUGAACCAGCAUGCCCCAUCAUCCAGCUUUGCGAAUGUCAAACGGGUCGCAGUCGUGCGUAUUCUUAGAAUUGAUGACGAUGGUGUGGCUGUGCACGCCCGGCACUCGUUUCAUCUCCGCAUCCAUCCAACGGUUGCGCCCAGCACUCCUCCACAAACGCCCGCCUGCUUGUUGCGAGCGCCCCAGCCUGACGUCGUCUGGAGUUGCUAUCGACGCCAUUCUUGGUGGUCCCUCUAUGCUGUUCU